AUGUUCAAAUUGGUGGGCAAAGAAUCAUUUCAACUCGGAACAAUGAAAUGUAUAAUUACUGUGGAAGCCUUGGGCACAUUUGCUUACGAGUAUUCCCUAGAGGUGAACGGAAAGAAUUAUGAAAAAUUCCGAGAGGAACAAAGUAAGAAGCUACUGUGUUGGGAAACUCACAUAGGUGGCGAAGAGACGAGAAUAGUGCUAGGUUAG